UGAAAAGGAAUCAACGGCAAGAAGCAGCAGUCAGUCCGCGCAGUGCGUCGAUGGCCACGUCCAAUACCGUAGAAUCUAAGGGCAAUGCAAGCUCGACGCCGCCGUUCUUUCUCAGGUGGAUCUUUGGCGACCCCCAAGAGACAUUCCCGGACCCGGUGACGGGACUGUCGCAACGCGACAGGAACUACAUCAUCGACACCUGGACCCUGAUCCGACGAGACAUCCGGGCCAACUCGAUGGCGCUGUUCGUGGCGCUGUUCGCACGCUACCCGGAAUACCAGCGCAUAUUCCCGACCUUCGCCACCGUGCCCCUGCACGAGCUGCCCCGCAAUGAAGUGGUCAAGGCGCACGCGCUGGUCGUGUUCUACUUCUUCACCAACCUCGUCGAGGCCAUGGACGACAGCGACCUGAUGACGGAGCUGGUGCGGAAGAACGUGCGCAACCACCUGAGGCGUCCCAUGGGACCCCAGAACUUCGCCAACAUGGCCGAGCUGCUCGUGGAAGUCAUGCAGGACAGGCUGCGAUCUCGCAUGACUCCCGGAGCGGUCAGGGCCUGGAAGACGCUGCUCGCCUUCUGCCAGAAGGUCACCGUCGAGGUCUACGCUGAGCACAAGAGGGCCAUCGAGAUGGGAAAGCCCCGUGGAAUCCUCUCACCGCCGGCACAGCCGCCAGCCGACAAAUAGAGGGAGCCAACGUCGGCGGUAGCAGACGAAAAGUGGCCACAGCAUAUGGCGUGGGAGGGCGCUUAUUUUAAAGGGCGGUGCUUGUUCGCAUACGUCAUGUAAAAUGUCACCUCCUUCUAUAAAUCGACCUGUCCGAUUCUAGAGCGCCGUCUGUUGUCCUUCGUUUAUAUCCUGCAAAAAAAUUCAUCGAUUUCUACCCUACUCGUUUCCGCCCUCAUAUGUACCGGGUUCCGAAAUGGCGGCAUACCACACACGUUAGGUGGCGGUAAAAAAAAAAAAAUGUAAGCAGACUAGACUACAGUUUACAUCUACGUAAUGCGAAGCAUUACUCAUUACCUAAACAUAACGUAGAUGUCGCUACGUAGGUGUUUGUCGUAGUUCUGAUACCCGCUGACACAAGUUGACGGCAACGAGGUUCGUUGAAGAGCAGCAACAUACCCAGCGGCACCAGGGGCACAUGCCCUAUAAUAGACCCAGUUGCACAAACCCAUGUGGCCAAUACCCAGUGACACACAUCUUUAGACUGCACUAUUUGCGGGAUGGGCCCACAAACACUCGGAGAAUGCUUCGCAUUGUACGUUAUAGCAUACUUAGAUUGUGAUGCCCUUGACACGAGCUUCCGCCCUUUCACACUCUCAUUGUAUUGUGACGUUUCUAUACCUAGCAUCGCUUUUGGGAUGUCGCGCACAGCGCGACUCGCUCGCGUCCGCUAAGUUUGCACCUAGUUAUCUGUGAGAUAUCUCCAAAGUGGGUGAAGUCCGCCCAUAAUGCCACAAGGAAACGCGUUUUUAACUCUUUCGGAGACACGAUAGCCCACGACCACCAGCGAAACAGGUAGAGGGCUGCUGUGCACGCCGUUGACACGCCAGCUCACACGCGGGCGUUGACACGUGAUUGACAGACGGCCGUGUCACUGGCCUUGUGCACAGCACUGCUUUAUUCUCAAUUCGACACCCUCGCCGCUAACACGCCUUCGCUCGUUGCCGCACCCACCCGCUUACGCCUUCUCCCCUUCAGAAGAAAAGCAUAUGUCGCCUUGACGAAGACAAGUCCACUUUUCGAAACGACGUCUCCUACCUUCACCUUGUUCUCGUUUUGCUCAUCGUCUUGAAUUCCCAUCUCCCACCUGCUUCGUGUUUUCCCUGCCAAUCAUAAGUCUAUCAAGAUGUAUGAAACACAUUUCAGACAUCAUUACUUUAAUGAGUGAUUUUGUUGAUGCACUAUCUUACUCUACACUAUUGUGUGCACAGCGUCUGAAGGUGUGAAGGCUGCCCGGCCUUAAGGAUCGGCCCACGCAUUUAGGUCAGACGAUGACACUUCGAGAGUGGGUGAACACGCAUUAAUAAAAUGAAUACCGUGACGUCACCGGUCCUUUUGACCGCCCGCGGUACGGCCUUCGAGAUUGGUUUUCAUUACUGAGGCUAGGAUGCGAGUCGCGCGGACACGACCUCUCUGAAGCAGCCAAAUGUGUUGGGGGAGGGGAGAGUGGGAAGGGGGGGCUGGGAAUCUCGAGGUAUCAGCCACCCCUGCUCGCCUCCCUGUUAAAAGCCGCCGCCCCUAAUAGUGCAAAAUGAAAUUACAAAGCAUGGGGCGCCCAGAUAUUUUAGGCAGUUGCACCAGAGGGCACAUUUACGUGGCGCUGGUACAGCACGGCUGAUUUACUGGCAUCCCCUUCGAAAUUGGGUGCCGACAAAGUCAUCUAGCCAGCUUUAUUUAAUCAGGUGUGCUAUACACAUUUGUCAUUCUAGCAUUUUAAUAUACAUCUCCUUAAUCCUUUUUGUUCUUUUCCCCAAAAGUUCGAUUUUUUGUACCGCUACAUAUACCUGUAACGGAUCCGGUCGUAUCAAUCUUUUCCCUGCUCUUUCUCCGCCAAUACUCCAAACCUCUCUUCCUUAUCUUGACUGCUGACCGGUUGAUGCUUCCGUCCGCUUUAAAUCCAAGUGCUUCUGUAAGGUGUACGUUACCUACGGGUCCACUGUGUGAAUACUUUCGCCUUCCAUUCAGAAGUGCCUAGCAGUCUCCGGAUUUUCUUGCUGUCACAGAUGCAUUCUUCACCUUGUUGUAAAUAUUUGCUCCGGUAUGUUCCAGAAAUACUUUAUCGGUACUCCCCAUUUCCUGCGUUUGUCUUUACUAUGACUAGCAUUAAUUAUUAGGACACUUCAGGCACUUACCGGUGUCUGUCUGUCUGCCCAUCUGUCGAGCUACGUCUAACCAUUUUCCCCGCCAACUUUAGCCCCUGGGUAGUCCAUGGUCUAGUGGGUAGAGUACUGGGCUGCUGGCUGAGGGAAGAGGGUUCGAAACCAACUGUCCGACAAACUUGGAUCACUGCGUAUGCGACAUUAGGUAUAGAUAUGCUGCUCUUCAAUGACCCUAUUUGACCCAACUUUGGUAACCGGGUACGUACCUCUCUUCGAAUUGACAAAAAAAAAUAAUUAGAAAUUGGCCCGGCGCUGCGCGACAUCGAAUCCGCAUCAUAUAUAUUAUUACAACCUUGUCUGAAACCACACGCGCACGGAGUUCGAGGCGGCACCGCUAGAUGGCGCAGAGUGUCCAGAGGGAAGCGCAAGUCAGGAGCCCGGCUGGCCAUACACGCCUCAUGCAUGACGCGUCUCUCCGUUGGCAAUGAAGGUGUGUUGGGUACAUUGCAUCAAUGCGAAUCGCAUUAACUUCGCCAAUCAUUGUUAGAUGGAUUCUGCCACACUUUUUAUCAUCCAUAUUCCUUAUACUGUAGAAUGGCCUUACAAGUUGAAAUCAAAUGUCUCAUCCGCAUGAGAAUGCUGAAUUAGGCAUUUGUAUACGUAAAGCUUACCAUGACAAGGAAUUAACAGGAAAUAUCUCCUUCAUAAAUGUAGUGUUAAUGCAGUGCGAGAUAGUAGUACGGACAAUAAAGAUUGUCAUUAGUAUAUAUAUAUAUAUGCACAGAUUAAAAGACGGUUAUGCAAGCUAUUCAAUUUCUUGGCCAUGUUGACAUUAUUGUGGCCACCAAUUUCCUCUCAGCGGACGUGCAUGUUCUUCCAAUAAAGUUUACACCUUAAUUUCCAGACCUUCAUUGCCUGUCUCCUUGCAUGAGCCCUUCACAUUCAUGCGACAUUACUUACUUGGUGUCAAGCACUUCAAUGAUCUUGACAAGGAAGAAAACAAGGAAGGACGGAAGGUAAGAAGGGCUGCCUUCCAUCCUUCCUUGUUUGCGACAAAGUGAUCAUAUUUAUGGUCUACUUAGCAAUAUGAACCGACUAGCCCAGCAACAUGUACUUCAGGAUUACAUUUCUUCCCCUUGUUCCCUUCCAUCCUUCCUUGUUCGCGCCAAAGCGAUCAUACUUAUGGUCUACACAGCAAUAUGUUGCUGCGCUAGCCGGUUCAUGUACUUCUGGAUUACAUUUCUUCCCCUUGUUCCCUUCUGCCCUUCCUUGUUUGCGCCAAAGCGAUCAUAUUUAUGGUCCACUCAGCAAUAUGAACCGGCUAGCACAGCAACAUGUACUUCUGGGUUACAUUUCUUCCCCUUGUUCCCUUCUGUCCUUCCUUGUUUGUGCCAAAGCGAUCAUAUUUAUGGUCUACUCAGCAAUAUGAACCGACUAGCGCAGCAACAUGUACUUCAGGAUUACAUUUCUUCCCCUUGUUCCCUUCCAUGCUUACUUAUUUGUGCCAAAGCGAUCAUAUUUACGGUCUACUCAGCAAUAUGAACCGACUAGAGCAGCAACAUGUACUUCUGAAUGAGCUAUUCACUGUUGAUCCUCACUACUAAGCCUUCUCAGUCUUAUAUAUUGAAUACUUCUAAGCACGCAGUGAAUAGCACUGGAGAAGAUUGUGUCUCCUUGCAUGACCCAUUUUAGGUAAUUUUCAAGUUUUAUUGUGGAGAACCAAAUUAGCUGUGAAAUCUCUGUAAAAAUUUUCUAAGAUAUUCAAGUAUGCAUUCUGCACUCCUUAAAUAUGCAAUGCCUCUUGCAAUGCCAGCUUCGCUGUCCAGCCACCUUCACAGCGUGGAUUGGAGAAGAUUCUUCACCGCUUCCUCAAUCUUUCCAAUUUCGAAUAUCCAUCACUUUCUUGUUGAUCAGUUUCGACAGUUCAUCGAAUUUUACCUAAUCUCUUGAGUUAUACAAUUUCAUGCAUUGUUUCUUUAUUAAGCGAUUUCUUACUUGGGAGAGAUAACCUGUUAGUUGUAUUGGUGCCUUACCUCCAAUUUCAAUUGCUGCUUCUAAAAUCAGCCUAGUCACGGUUCCAUUAAUUAUCUCUGUUAUCUUCAUCUUCCUGUUCUUAAGCUCCAUAUAUAUUUGUUUGCGAGCCCCAACCUGAAUUCGUCUGGUUUUGCUCUUACUGUGUCUUGGUUGGCCUGCUUCUUGACUAAUUCUACUCUUUCUCUCUUCAAAUUCAGAGAACUCCUAUACCCUAAUUAAUUUAAUUAGAUUAAUAAAUUAUUAUAAAUAAUAAUAAAUUAAUAACAAAUAAAUUAGUAAAUUUCCCUAUUUUGAACAUCCCUGAAGAAGACCCAUACUUGGUUGGCAAUGUCAGUUGGAAAUUGCUGUAACUCUACAGCUCCCAAGGCAUUAUACAUGUUGACAUCGUCGGCAGCCCUAGACGAGUUGGCUGCUUAUUAACAAGAGAGAGAGAAAGUCUUGCACUGAAUUUGAAAACUACACCCAGCCUGGGAGCUUUCAGCAACUUCACUUUAAGACUGGCCUAAACAUCUGAACAUAACACUGAAUUAGUGUCGUAACACCAUGUAGUGUGCAAAAUUUAUAAAAGGCAAGUUCGGUCUCUAUUGACUCCAUUUAUAAACUAUGCUCUUUUUCUAUAAGGGAAAUAUGCAAAGCCAUAAAACAAUACUGAAGCUCUGAAGCAAUAGUUCGAUGUUAUUCAACAUUUCUGUAUAGCGUCCCCUUAACAUGCUUUCUGCCCUUUCUAAAUGUGUCCUUUCCGAGGGAUAUUCAAUCUGACUUGUAUACAGUAUGAAACACAGGUUGAAAUUUGGGCCUUGCCAUCAUAAUGUUGUUCACCCAAUACCAUUUUUGGGGCCUUUUAUAUAUUGGCCAAACUCGUUGUCAGCUUAACAGUUUAAGAGAACACAGAAGUUCCACGAUUUGCAUAUUUCCACCUUUCAUUUCACCGGCGUGAUUGCAUGCUCUUGAAUAGAUAAACAUACCAUGCACGAGUUUUUCAUCCUCAUGUUUUCCUUUUUCUUCCCCUUUUCUACUUCGUUUUCAGCUUUCAUUCUGUGGUCUUUUCGUUUAUGCCAACCAAGGUGGAGCUCGUCUCCGAGGACACUACAGACUGAAUGUCUUGAUUUCUGUACCCAUACUUGUCAACUUCAUGUAUCUCGUCAGCACCUAUAUGCGUCAGUUCACUUUUACUACCCUGGUACUUCUUUUCACCCACAUGCCCUCUUUAUUUUCUUUCCUGUCAUUUUGGCCCAGAAUUCAUCCCGCGUCCCUCAGUUCCAGCUUUCCAGUUCCACCAUCAAAGUGUACAGUCAUGCCAGUCCAUCAACCUGCAUCACUUGACUUCCGACCAUGUCGAACCAGCCCGGGCUCUGUUCACGGCGCAAUGUCCCAAAGACUCAGAAAGUCUUUUUGUUUUCUCUUUUCUUACUGCAGUUUGUCUCUCGUUUUUUUUUUUCGUUUUCUUUCCUUCUGUAUUUUCACAUCUCCUUUGCACCUUCCAUUUUACCACGAAACCAACCUGACAGAUGGUCAAGAUGCUACAUAGACUCUCCAUGCAUACCUUCUAUCCCUUUGUCAUCAUCUGUUUAUGUUAACCUUAAAUUCUACUUUGGCACUUCGGCUACUCCUCGGCAUUUUUCAUUCUACACAACUGGCUAUCUUACUAAAUUCCCUUUUGGGGCUUUCUACCCCUUUCUUUUGAUUGGCUUUAAACCUGCGAUACCUUUUAAUGGUGCGAGUUCCCUCACUUUUAUUCAAGUUCUUUCUUGCAUUGAGGGGCUGAAAAAUUUGCCAUGAUUGCAGCUGCAAGCCGGUUUUUGAAGUUACCACGGUAUCGUUCAGGCAUCAGGAUAAGGUGUUGCGGGAAAUCAUGGGGGCUUUCCCCAUAAGAAAGAAGGGUUGCACUUGUGUCAUCCACCUAUCAGUAUCACUGGGUGAAUUGUGAAGUUUUUGUUAGAUUUGGGUUGAUAGCACGCAAGUGUUUAGGUUGUGCUAAUCGGAUAGCUGUGCCUACUUAAUCUCUUAUUGUCGUUGCUGUCAGCCUGGUUUGUGUAGUUCAAUAAAAGAUGUCAUCUUUUGCUUUU